UUUAAGCUUUGUGAACCCUCCAUUAUAUACAAGCUGAUAAACAUUGAAUGCAAAUCAAGCUUAGGAUUUUCAGCAAAUCCUAAUUGCUAUUUAAAGGCAAUAAAUUGGAAUAAAGCCGUAGCCCAAAUGGAUGUAGAUGUAACAAGGUUGUUAAAUAAUAUUUCGCUUCGGAUCCAUGUCUCAAAAAAGGACUACAGUAAUAAAUAUCAGCCCUUCCUUAUAAAUGUUCUCGUAAACAUCUGCGAUGUACUAUCGAAGCGAAAUUUUUUACCAUACGGUAUUAUGUUCAAAAAAGUGGCCACGGAGUUCUCAAACUUUAACCACAGCUGCCCCUAUAAAGGUCACUUAUUUGCGCGAGGGUUUUAUUUGGAUGGUAAGGUACUUCCUAACCAAUUUCCAUUGGGAAUUUACAAAGUUAAUGUUACAAUACUGGAGGGUUACACGAACAAGCCAUCUGACUACGUUGGGGCAGUUAUUGCGUACUUUCAGGUAAUGCAACCUUUCAAGAAGAAUAAAAAUAACAAAUCAUAG